GAGGGGAUGAAUGUGGGUUGCCAUAUGUUUUUGUUUGUCAUUGGGAUUAUUUUUGAUUUAAUAGUGAACUGUAUUAAGUAAACUUUUUAAAUUGGUUAAUAAAUAUUUUGAUGCCCCCAGUAAGUUUCUUUGUUAGCGCGGAGGUUUUAAACUUUCAAGUCGAUACUCUAUCUGUAGAUAUACGUUUAAUACUUCCAGACUGUGUAGUAAUAAUGAGUCAACUGUUUUGUGUUCACUAGCUCCACAUUUGUCCUUUAGUUGGUUAAAUAUCAAAGUCUAGUCCUCUUUUUGGGUUAUGGUAAUUUUGUUUUCCUAGUCAUGUACAGUACAGUGAAUGCUGCAAAGGUGUGUCGAUGUGACCAAAGUAUUCUGUUUAUUACACAAUAAGCUUUAUAUUUGUAUUGCAGAAUGGGUUCAAACUCCUGUUUGAAAUACAGUGUUUGAUUGACAUCCCCACCCAACCUGUGAAUUGCUCAGAGGUCAAAAAGCAUAAACACAGAUACACAGAAAUUCACCUAGUCACGCCUAAAGAGAACACACCCUGGCCUAUCACACACACACUGUUAUUCAUUUACACGUUCACAUUUUGCAACAUCAACCAAUGCAAUGAUCCAGCAUCCACCCUCCCUAUGUUUUACCACCACCUCCAAGUGGUUGUCGGGACCACCCUCCCCUUUCUGUUGUCCUCGUCUGUAUAAGACCGUAUCUGUCCUGUCUCCGUCUCGCUGUCUCUUUCUCCAGCUAACCAACACAAGAGAUGAAUACAUCACAUUUUCUAAUAUUACUGUUAUGGAUGUUUAGCUGCACAAAAGGCCAUGCAGAGCACAGCCUGCAGAACACGCCGAGUGAAGACGGUGUGUUGGCCUCCUGUGACUUCAACCAAGACAGUCAACCGUUGUGCAGGUUUACCCAGGAUACUGAAGACCAAAGUGACUGGACACGGCAUAAAGGUCCUACCCCAACACCUGGCACUGGACCUAGUGGAGACUACCCUGAUGGAAAGGGAUAUUACAUUUAUCAUGAAUGUGACAAUGUGGCUAACCAGAAUAAAGCCCGGUUGCUGAGUCCUGCCCUCACAACAUCGGCCUCUGAAAUGUGCGUCCAGUUCCGCUACUACAUGUAUGGUGUAGAUGACAAGAACACAUUGAAAGUUCUAGCCAAGAAACCGGGCGGGGAGACAGAAUUGUGGAAGAAGACCGGAAUUCAGAGUCCUUCCUGGCUGGAGGCAUCUAUCACUGUUUCCAAUACCCGUGACCAGAGCAUCAGAAUUGUAUUUGAAGCCCAGAGAGGCUUCUCUUCCUCUUGCGACACAGCUUUGGACAACAUUGUCAUCAGUGAAGGAGCUUGUCCCUCUUGUAUUACUGGAUGUGAUUUUGACGUGGAUUUGUGUGACUGGACAACACACUUUGACCACUCUGACAUCUAUGGCUUUGAGCAGUGGAAUGGUCCAACAGACACUGAAGGCACUGGUCCAGAUGAUGACUUCUCUAAACCUGGGUUGGGCUCCUACAUGCUGAUGGACUCACCUGCAGCUGUGCCUGGUGCCACUGCUCAGAUCAGAAGUCCUCUGGUGACACCCAUCAAUGGUUGCCUGGACCUCCUGUUCCACUAUUACCUUUAUGGAACUAGCACUCAAAUGCAGAUCACUGUACACACCAUCCCUACAGGUGGUACCAGUCUUGGACCUGCUCUUUUUACUAAGAGGGGGAACCAGGGUAAAGGCUGGAAGCUGGCUGAAGUCCGGUAUCUGGGAACAGAUGCAAUCAAGUUCGUGAUCAUGGGCACCUAUGGAGAAACCUCUGAAACAGACAUUGCUAUUGAUGCUGUAUGUGUCAUGACCUGCAGAGCUCAGCCAACAACUCUACCACCAAUAACUUCAGCAGUUAAAAGAAACAUGCAACAAGAGAGAAUUUCGGCGGCAAAUUAA